AUGGGGAAAGAUGUGCAUAUUGGCAGCAUCUUUGAAAAAGCAGAUAAUUCAAUCCGUCAUAACCUGUCACUGCACAGCAAGUUCAUCAGAGUGCAGAAUGAGGGAACAGGGAAGAGUUCCUGGUGGAUGCUCAAUCCUGAAGGAGGAAAGAGUGGCAAAUCUCCUAGGCGACGAGCAGCAUCCAUGGAUAACAACAGCAAAUUUGCCAAAAGCAGAGGUAGAGCUGCCAAGAAAAAAGCAUCCCUUCAGUCUGGGCAAGAGGGAAAUGGUGACAGCCCUGGGUCGCAGUUCUCCAAGUGGCCUGCGAGCCCCAGCUCUCACAGUAAUGAUGACUUUGAUAACUGGAGUACAUUCCGGCCUAGAACUAGCUCGAAUGCUAGUACCAUUAGUGGAAGACUUUCUCCAAUUUUGCCAGAGCAAGAUGAUCUUGGAGAGGGGGAUGUGCACUCCAUGGUAUACCCAUCAUCAGCCACCAAAAUGACUUCUACUCUACCCAGCCUUUCAGAGAUGAGUAAUUCCGAGAACAUGGAAAAUCUGUUGGAUAACCUUAAUCUUUUGUCACCUAAUACAUCAAUGACUGUGUCAACCCAGUCUUCAUCUGCUACCCUGAUGCAGCAAACACCAGGUUACUCGUUUGCAUCCUCGACCACAAGUAUAGGUUCACCAAAUCCAGACUACAGGAAAUUUACGUAUGCUCAAGCUAGCAUGAACUCUUUGCCCCAGAUCCCUAUGCAGGCUCUUCAAGACAGUAAAUCAAGCUAUGGAUCGAUGAGCCAAUAUAACUGUCCUGCAGGACUUUUGAAGGAGUUGCUGACUUCUGAUUCUCCACCGCACAAUGAUAUCUUGGCACCAGUAGACACUGGUGUUUCCCAGGCUGGUGGCAGGGCGCUGGGCCAGGGUGUGCUGAUGGCCCCUAACUCGGUGAUGCCAACGUAUGGCAGUCAACAGCCCCACAACAAAAUGAUGAACCCUAACGCCCGCCCUCACCAAGGACAUAACCAGCCAGCACCUGCAGUUAAUGGUCGUGCCUUGCCACACACAGUGAACACCAUGUCACAUACUUCAGGUCUAAACCGCUUGUCGACAGUGAAGACUUCGUUACAAGUGCCUAUGAGUCACCCAAUGCAGAUGAAUGCUAUGAACCCCUACGCCCCUGUUAACAGUUGCAAUGGCUACGGAAGGGUGGGAAUUGUUUCCCUCCACCAGGAGAAGCUUCCCAGUGACUUAGAUGACAUGCUAAUCGAACGGUUGGACUGUGACAUGGAGUCGAUUAUCCGUAAUGACCUUAUGGAUGGAGAAACGUUAGAUUUUAACUUUGACAGUGUAUUGCCUAACCAAAGUUUUCAGCACAGCGUAAAGACAACCACACACAGUUGGGUGUCAGGCUAGGAUGUAGUAGGAGGUUACGGUUAAAUUCUCCAGACUUGUCUGACAGCAGGAACUGAGAAAAGCAGUAAAAAGAUGUCCUUCACCUUCCUUUUUAAUUUUCUUGACAAAGCUGUGCACAUGCACUAGCUUUCUUUGCGGUCUUUUUUUUUUUUCUCCUUCUUUUUUCUUCCUUUCGUCAGAGUUGGCAGCAGACAGAGUAUUUUCCUGUACAGGAUGUUUGCCCAAGGUUUGCAGGUUAUGUGCUGCUGUAGAUAAGAACUGUGCCAUUGGAAGUUCCAUUACUCUGAAGUGCCAAAUUCACUACACCAUAUAAUCACAGCAAAGACUCUUACUCACAUCAUCGUGUGCUUUCGGUUUUGUACAGUAUGGUCUGUAGAAGAAGAAUUGUUUUUUAAGACUAUCUGUUUUGGUCCAAGAAAAGUUUAUAAACUUUUGUAAGAAUACUGUGAUGAUCUCAUGCCCUAAGUAAGUUUAACCUUUGUUGAUGUUACCUGUGUUUUAUGAAUUGAGAGAACUGUGGACUUGCCUUGCAGCAGUACGAACUGCAUUAUUUUACUCAAAAUUGCCACACAUUUCAUAUGGGAACAGAAUAGCCUGAUAAAUAUGGUCUUACUAAACUCAAUGACUAUUCAGAGCAAACAGUAGGUUAAAUGCCAUUUGAUAAGUUACCUGUAUUAAUGUAAAUUUAUGCAAGAAUAUAUCUGGAUGUCAUUUCCAACUAAUGACUUUAUUGUUGGACUUAAGAUAAUUUUUUGGAAUACUUUCCAAGCUAUUUUUCGUAUAAUUAAAGUCUACUUUUGUUACAUAGGCAACUUAAAAAGAAAAAAAAUCUGAGACCUGACAGCAUUCAUAACCUCUUCAUUUUGUACAGUAUUUUAACUGGAUUAAGUACAUGUUUUUAUAAAUUUCCCUAGCACUUGGGAGUGCUAAUAAAGGAAAAGCUUAAUAAGUAUCUUGAAUACAAAAAAUUUCUGUCCCUUUUUUUGUUGUGUGAUGUAUAAAUAUAGACAACUUCAUGUUUAGGAAAUAUUUAAUCAGUUUUAUAGAAACAUUUUUAGAAAUGUCAUCUGCUUCUACUAUCAUUUUAACUCUGACUACCACAAAGUGUUAAGUAUUCAUUGUUAGAUGCUUGUACAAUGCUUCACAUUUAUAUUUAUUUCACAGAGGUCUCAUAAUGUUUGUGCACUCAAGAGCAGGACCAUUUGGAGAAAAUCCAUCAUUUUAG